UUCACGGAGGAUGGGGCCCCUGGAUUAUACAUAUUUCACCUGACAGUUGCAAUUGCGAGGGAAAGUCGUAUCGAGAGAGACACUGUAACAACCCUUCGCCGCAACAUGAUGGACACGGAUGCUAUGGAAAUAACAGGGAAUACUUUGAUUGCAACGAAUGCAGCUGUAACAACGGAGAUUGUGGUGAACACGCUACUUGUAUCGACAGGACUAAUGCCAGACCUUUCUGCCUUUGCCAUAGUGGGUAUACAAAUUCUGGGUCGUCAUGUAUAGAAAUUCGAUGCUCCACAUCUUCUUGGAGAGCGCCGAGUAAUGGAGUGAAGACGACCUCCAAAUGCCAAGACGGCAACUCUGUUUCUUUAAACACUCAAUGCACUGUGAAAUGUAACAGUGGCUAUCGCUUGAAGGGAUCCUCCUCGGCAACCUGUGGAAAUUAUGGGAAUUGGUACCCAAGUUCACCACCGACAUGUGAAGAAAUAACAUGCAGCAGCAUCGUUAAGCAGGACCGUAUGAACAUCAAUCCUCCAAGAUGUUUGUCCAACCCUCCCUCGGGCAUGACCUGCACAGUUUCCUGUAAAGAUGGUUUCUCACUUAUGAGAUAUUCCACGGAUUCACACAAAACAACUUGUUCAAAUCAAGGGAAAUGGACAGCAGGAUCGAGCUUCAUUUGUAGAGAUCUUGUAAAGCCACAAUUCACUAAUUGCCCAUCGGAGGACAUAACUAAGAUUGCUGACAAAAUGAAAACAAAAGCAACAGUGAAUUGGCCCGCCAUCAAAGCAAAGGACAAUGACGGAGCAGUGCCUACUAUGACCGUUUACCCAAGCUACCUAAAUCCUCAGGCGACUUCUYAUGAGUUUUCAGAGGGAACACACCAUAUUGUGUAUACAGCCAGAGAUUCAAGUGRGAAUACAAGACAAUGCAGCUUUAAGAUAACUGUGAAAGUGAUACGAUGUCCCACAAUUUCUCCCCCUUCUAAUGGACGGACCAUUCCAUAUAUUUGCUCACGACUAACUGGAUCAAAGUGCAACUAUGAAUGCAAUGAYGGCUACAAUCUGACAACAGCCGCUGUUCAGAGGGAAUGCGUACGCGACGGAGACAAUGGGAAGUGGACUGGGACUGAGCCAAAGUGUGAGCAAAUAACCUGCCCGUCCUUACCCACACCACAGAAUGCUAAAAAGACUGGUGUUGGAUGCUAUGAUUCAAAUCCCGCUUACAAAACCCUGUGUUCUUUUGAAUGCCUUACUGGCUACAAGAUCAACAUUGGAUCCGAAACAAGAAUCUGUAAAUUGGAUGGUCGAUGGACUGGUGACGAAAUGCAAUGUCAAAUGAUCACCUGUCCAGCAUUGCCACAGUUAUCCGAAGGCCUGACAGUUUCAAGUCCUGCAUGUGUUCAGAAUAUAUCUCAGUAUAACAAUAAAUGUAGUUACACGUGUGCAUCCGGGUACCUUCUUCUUGGGCCUCCACUCAAGACUUGUUCAGCUACUGGUCAGUGGUCUCCUGGAGGAAACCCUUACUGUAGAGAUAUAUCGGUUCCAUCCUUUGGGAACACGUGUCCAAACGACACUAAAACGCUGGCCGACAGACAUAGUCGCUCUGUCAAGGUAAACUUGACAACUCCAUCGGCUUCUGAUAAUGCACCUGAAAAACCCUCAGUGAUACAUCACGGUAAAAGCCCUGGAGAAGAGUUUAGCGCUGGUCACCAUACAAUCAGAUACGUCGCAAGAGAUCGAUCUGGAAAUACAGCACAGUGUUUAUUCCAAGUCAUCGUUGAAGUCGUCAAAUGCCCGGUAUUAACAGCCCCUCUGAGAGGCAUCGUUAAAUGCUCGCUUGAUAACGUGUAUGGAUCAAGUUGUACGUUUUCCUGUAACAUUGGCCAUGCUUUAAAAGGAUCUUCAGUCAGAACAUGUGAAAAGAAUGGCAACCAAUUAAAGGGACAGUGGACUGGAAAUACAACGCACUGCAAAGCUAUCACAUGUCCUUCUCUUGAUCCUCCAAAACAUGGCUACAAGUCGAGUUGUCUGACAAACUCAUUUGGUGAAAGUUGUCUAUUUUAUUGCAAUCGUGGGUACAAGCCACUCAGUGGCUCUAGCAGUCGAACAUGUCUUGAGAACGCGACCUGGACAGGAUCUCCACUUCUUUGUGAAGCCAUCAACUGUACAGCAUUACUUCCCCAGACACCUCAAGUAACAAUAAUUCCAAGUAUUUGCACCAGCACUCCCACAUACCAAGUAACAUGUCAAUACAUAUGCCCAUCGGGUUAUCGUCUGAAUGGUUUGAGCAUAAAGACAUGUUUGGCCAGUGGUGAAUGGAAUCACAAUAGCAACGUCAGCUGUCUAGAUAUAGAAAGACCUAGAUUCACAGCAUCUUGUCCUCACAAUAUUGAUGUGUUUGCACAAAAGAAUGAGAAUUUUGCUGUGGUGCAAAUACCUUCAAUGACAGCCACUGACAACUCAGGGGUGGUACCAGAUAUCAGAGUGAGUGGGCAGAAGCAGAACUAUUCAGCGGGACGACACGAGAUAUUAAUCUCGGCCACAGACCAAACUGGAAACAAGGAAGCAUGCCGAUUCUACAUAAAUGUGAAAAUUCUUCGUUGCUUACAACACCCAGCUUUCAUCACAAAUGGAAGAGCRGUGGGCAGUUGUGGAAACACCUGGGGCUCGACGUGUCGCUUUAAAUGCAAUGCUGGAUACAAUAUGACUGGGUCUAGCUCACGUACUUGUGAGGUCAUUCMAGGUCAAAUCCAGGGAUAUUGGAGUGGUACUAUGCCUUUCUGCACAGUCAACCGCUGYCGUCCCUUAAAGACACCAGCGAAUGGUUACGUCUAUCCACCAAUGUGUGUAGGAAACCAAGGGCCAGUUAGUGAYACAUCGUGUCUUUUUGGUUGUUACAAUGGGUUUUCUCAGAGCCCAGGGAUAAAUACCAUUACAUGUGGUAAAGACACCAACUGGAKCAAAAAUGUAUCAACUAUCAUUUCUUGUGAAGACCAUACUCCACCACAAUUCAAGAAUUCGUGUCCAAUGGAUAUACGUGUCUCUCUGGGAUACAAUGGUCGAGCAACAGCAAACUGGACAGUUCCUGUGCCGGAAGACAACACUAACGUCCUUCCAGCGCUGACAGUAGAUCCAUCAAAUGCACAACCACCUUUUUYAAUCAAUCAAUCAACCACAGUGACUUACACGGCUAAAGAUGCUUCAGGAAACAUUGGAAGGUGUUCKUUUAGGAUCUUAGUUGAAGACAAUUUAGGUCCAAGGGUUGUCUAUUGUCCAGUAAAUGUAACAAAGACAGCCACAAAAUUGGCUGAAAUAGUUACGUGGAAAUCACCUGAGUUUUUGGACAACAGCAAUAUCAAGGUCACUCCUAAAUGUAAUCGCCGAAGUGGAGACACUUUUUACUGGGGAGUGUGGAACGUUCAUUGUAGGGGCUACGAYAACAAUCCAAAYAACGCACCAGCAAUCUGCAGUUUCACUGUCACCGUCUCACCAAAGCCUUGUCCGCCUCUAAAUGUGCCCAAAAAUGGAGCUAAAGCUUGCUCGGCGUGGAUGCUGGGAUUUCUUUGUAGUCCUUUCUGCAAUGAUAAGUAUGACUUCGAGAAACAGCUUGCAGUUGGAGCAAUGUGGGUAUGUGGAUCAAAAGGCACUUGGAUGCCAACUGCUCGGCUACCCGACUGCUCGGCCAUUUACGUUCCUGGAACAGCAAGAAAAGCCGGGCAACUACAUUAUUUUUCUGGAGACUGUCAUAACAAGACAGUACAAUUACAGAUUAAGAAACAAUUUCUAGGGAUCGUUAAAAACUCCCUUUUCGASGUGAUUUGCACAGAUCCUCAAUUGAAAGAUCGUUGCAAUGUCACUAAUGUGGAUGUGGAAUGUGACACAGAACCCGACUUUAGCGCUGCUGCCCGGAAACGAAGAGCGACGACGCUGGCUCAGUCUGUGGCAAAUGUAUUCGGUCUUUCUGAUCAUGCUAGCAAGAAGGUAAAACGAUCGACGCCUGAUCAGUUUAUAACAAGAAUAUCAUUCAGCAUUUCUGUGGGUCUGGCGAACAGCUCACUUCAGCAAGAUAAGAAGACAAUACAAGCCGAGAUAGCGACUGCUACAAAACUGACUGAAGAAAUCGCAGCAGAAAUCAAAAAAAUGGCAGAYAAUGGAAGUUUGGUUAUGAAUGUGACCGGUCAGCGCCUGUCUCCAAUAAAUGGAUCACUUUCAUUGUCAAAGACCACUUUUACUUGCAGUUCAGGCCAAAUUUUCGUCAAUAACGAGUGUGUUGGUUGUCCUGUUGGUACUUACCAUAACGCAACCCAAGGAAAGUGCUUCAGCUGUCCUAAAGGAUGGUAUCAAGAUAAUGAGGAAAAACAGGCUUGCAUCCGAUGUCCAGCCGGGACGUCAACUAAAGAAGAAAAAUCCAAAAAUAGUAGCGACUGCAUGGUAUACUGUAGACCUGGUUACUCAUCUCCGACUGGAUUUGAGCCAUGCAUUCCUUGCGACAAAGGUUCAUUCCAGCCUCUUCCUGGACAGUUGAAAUGUAUUUCUUGCAAAAAUGGUACAACUACUGAAAAUCCGGGAAGCAAAAGCUCUGGAAAUUGCUCAGCGCCAUGCAGUCCAGGAUCAUUUUCAGGCACUGGUCUUCAGCCAUGCACAAUGUGUGACAAGAGGUCCUACCAGCCAAAGAGUGAAGAGAAAUAUUGUUUCCAGUGUCCAGGAACAACUGUUACACUUCAGAAGGGCAGUGCUAAUGCUUCAUCCUGCAUAGAGAUCAACGAAUGUCUUUCCAACCCCUGUCGAGCUGGAUCAACCUGCGUUGAUCUCGUGGGAGACUACGCGUGCGUCUGUCAAUCUGGCUACUCUGGUAAACAGUGUCAAGAAGACAUUGAUGACUGCGCGAGCGCUCCUUGCCAAAACAACGCCACUUGUCAAGAYGCUUUGAACAGUUUCUCRUGUAACUGCUCAAAAGGAUUCAUGGGAAGCAAGUGCGAAACGGAAAUCAAUGAGUGUGAACAARCCCCUUGUUUGAAUAAUGCCACGUGUCAUGAUCUGAUUGGUCGGUAYCAGUGCUUCUGCCAAGCUGGUUAUGAAGGAAUGCGAUGUGAAAAAGAGACAAAUGAGUGUUUACCCAAUCCAUGUCUGAAUGGCGGAACAUGUCAUGAUAAGUUGAAUGCAUUUCAGUGCCAAUGUCCAAAAGGUUUUCGCGGUCCAACUUGCCAAGAAAAUAUAGACGAUUGCAAUCCUAACCCGUGCAAAAAUGGUGGCCGGUGUAAGGAUGGGAUAGAMACCUUUACAUGCACUUGUCAAGACGGUUAUACAGGCAGUAGUUGYGAGCAUGAUAUCAAYGAAUGCUUGUCCAGCCCUUGUAAGAACAACGCUACAUGCUUCAACGAAGUUGGUGAUUUUUCAUGCGCMUGUGUCAACGGAUUCAACGGYACCUUCUGCGAACAUGAGGUUGACGAGUGUCAGUCAAAUCCUUGUAAAAAUGGAGGAACUUGCAAGGAUGAAGUGGGUUCGUUUUCAUGUGUAUGCCACCCAGGAUUUCAAGGAGACAAUUGCGAAAACGAUGUUGAUGAAUGUGCCUCUAAGCCAUGCACCAAUGGUGCAACUUGUAUAAAUACGAUGGGAAGUUACAAAUGCAACUGCGUUCCCGGAUUUACUGGCAAAGCUUGUGAAAGUGACAUUGAUGAGUGUGUUUCAAGUCCUUGUUUGAACAAUGGGACCUGUGAAAACCUACAAAAUGAAUAYAUUUGCAGUUGUUUAGAUGGCUUUUCAGGACGGCAAUGCGAGGUUGAUGUGRACGAGUGUGCGUCCAACCCUUGUAAGAAYAAUGGAACAUGUCGCGACGGAGUGAACGACUACAGCUGCUACUGCAGAAAGGGAUUUACCGGAGAAGACUGUGAAAUAAAAAUCAAUUACUGYGCUCAAAACCCUUGCCAGAACGGCGGCACGUGUCAAAAUCAAGAAGCAGACUUCCAAUGCUUGUGUGCAAACGGUUAUGCUGGCAAGAACUGCAGUUAUGAUAUCAACGAGUGUGAAAAUAAUCCCUGCUCUAACGGCAAUUGCGAAGAUUUGGUUGGAAGUUACCGCUGUUCGUGUUUUCCAGGAUUUUCUGGUAUCAACUGCUCACAUAAUAUAGACGACUGCAUUGGAAAUGAUUGUGUAGGUGGUAGCAUAUGCGUGGAUGGAAACAACACUUAYCAGUGUCUGUGCAAUCCAGGUUUUGCUGGAAAGUACUGCGAAGUGAAGACAAGUCCUUGYGACUCUUUUCCUUGCUUCAAUGGUGGAACUUGCCUUAAAAAGGACAAUCAGUCYUAUACGUGUUCCUGUGCMGAAGGAUUCACAGGGCGUAACUGCCAAGUGAAUAUCGACGACUGCAAGCCCAUUAACCCAUGUAAAAACAACGGUACCUGUACAGACCUCGUCKCCAAYUACACAUGUACAUGUCCUCAAGGUUUCUUUGGGAAAACCUGCGAAAACUUCAYUGAYUWUUGCUUGUCCUCAAACUGCAGCAGCUAUGGYACUUGCAUUAAUCUUCCAACAGGUUUCGCAUGUAAAUGUAGCGAUGGUUUUUACGGUCCCACAUGUGAUCUUCAAGUUCAAAAAUGCUUCUCUGGUCCUUGUAAGAAUGGYGGAACGUGYCAUGAGACGAUUGGAGGAUUCAACUGUUCUUGCACGAAKGGGUUUACUGGUAGAUYRUGUGGUAUUAAUAUAGACGAUUGUAAAGAUCACAAAUGCAAGAAUAAUGCGACGUGUGURGACAAGGUUGAUGAAUAUCUUUGCAUUUGUCACGAUGGUUUCAAUGGGACGUUCUGUGAACARCAGCURCGCUCAUGUCGAGACGAUCCCUGUAAAAACAAUGGGACAUGCGAGGACAUCUUUGGUGGUUUUCGUUGCAAAUGUCCGGAAAGAUAUGGAGGCGCAACGUGCAACAUCAACAAGAGCCCAUGUCUAAACRACCCAUGUUUAAAUGGUGGCAUUUGUAUCGAGCUUAACACUACAUCCUUCAAAUGCACCUGCAAAUCGGGUUAUUCUGGUACAACWUGUCAAACCAACAUCGACGACUGUCUGUCAUCACCGUGUCCAAUGCAUUCCAACUGCAUUGAUGGUUUGAACAACUAUACCUGUCAAUGUAUACCAUCGCACACUGGGAAGAACUGUGAAACUCGUUUGAGCGAUAGUUUUGACCUGGUUUUCCCAAGUCGAGCAACGGACACUGYAGUAGAGCUCCCACCCUCCUCCGAAGUUCCCACUAUGAUGAGACUCAGUAUGGCAUUAUGGGUUAAACCAGACGUCCGCUUCAAGCGAGGGACUAUUCUAACAUACAGAUCUCCUGGAAAUGCCAGUGAMAUGAUGGAGAUUUCAUUCAAUGAGACACAUGUUCGCAUUAUGAUCCARAAAGACGUGCUUGAAAGCUCGGUGGAAAUCAGCGAUGGAAAAUGGCACUUCAUAGGAGCAAGCUGGAGCAGAUUCGACAAAGAUUUCUCCAUUUACUAUGAUGGAAAAAGAGUUGGAGCCAGGAAGAUACCAAAUCAAUUUGAUGGUCCUCCGUUAAAAGGAGGCGGCGAGGUUAUUUUGGGAAGAAAAUAUUCCCAUAAGACAAGGAGCUACACAGAUACAGACGCAUUCGUCGGGGUUCUCCACCAGGUAAAUAUCUGGCAUAUACCAGUACCACCAGACGAGGACUACAUGUGGAACGCUGCACAUAGCUGCUCCUGGCCCCUCGAGGGCAACGUCUACCCAUGGCUCUCUUUCAUGUCUGGAGCUAAAGCAGGUGUCUUKAAGAAAUUCCCAACUAAAUGCAAAGCCCUCGAUCUCUGCAAAGAGAACUGCUCUCAUUAUGUCGCAUGCUACAAGGACGGUCUCAGAAUGGUCUGCACAUGUAAAAAAGGGUUUACUGGCAAACUCUGUGAUMUAAAUAUCAACGACUGCUUGUCUAACCCUUGCCAAAAUGGUCGAUGUGUGGAUGACAUUGCCUCAUACAGAUGUGACUGUGAUAAAGAAUACUAUGGAGCGAACUGUGAACACAAACAAAUCGUGAAGGACAAAGAGUGUCCACCUUUUGGCAAAUUGCWACAUGGACGAGUCAUGAAGGAAAGCUACGCCGGAAAACACGUGGUAAAUUUGAAGUGCAACGAGAAAUACAGCUUCAGGAAAAACGCCAUUACAUCAUUUGCAUGUGGACCACAGACUGACUGGAAAUGGAGCCAUAACCAGGYCACAUUGACCRCUUUGCCUAGAUGUUUAAGUAUCGCAGAACCAAUGGAGAUCAGACAAGGCUACUCUUUGCUCCUACCGAUGGACGCGACCAGUUGUCAAACAACACAGGGAUACCAAAAAAUAGAAAAAAGCUUUAAAGACGCAUUCCUCAAGUCAAUCAAAAAUACCGAACAGCAUCAGUGCUUUUUUUACAACCAAUGUAAGAUUGCCAAGUUCUCCAUCCCAAAAUGCAGUUCAAGACGAACACAGCGGUCUUCCGAAGACCUUACUGUUGAGUUUGAAAUCCUUUUUAAAGAAUGGGGCAAUUCGUCUUAUGCCUCUACUGUGACAGAAACUGCAGAAGCGGUUGUUUUCCAUGUAAGGUAUGCUGUGACCGUAGGGACGUUUGUACUUAAAGUAGAUGGUAAGACGAUUAAGCCCCGCAUGACUUCAAUGGCRCUUGUUUCGAAGACAUACCGUUGUAAGGAUGGCUACGUCGGCAGCAACGACAACUCAAGUUGUGUUGCCUGUCCUGUUGGCACCUAUCAGUCUGAGUCAGACUGUAUAUCUUGUCCAAAGGGACAUUAUCAGGAAACUGAAGGCAAUAUAAAAUGUACUACAUGUCCUGAUGGCUACAUAACAGUCACCACUGGUGCAACUGACAAGGAGCAAUGUGCACUAACCAAGAGCAAAACAGAUAAAAGUACUUCGAAAGAACAAAUGCCAAUAUGGGCGAUAAUUCUGAUAACAGUAGUUGCUGUUGUCAUUGUUAUUGGUGUUAUCACGAUAUUUUGCUGCAGGAGGUGCCAGAACAACCCGAACGUACAAAAGACAGAGAAUACAAGAUCGUUCGUACCAUUGAGCACCUUUAAAAACGCUGAAUGCGCCAGUAAUCCUCUCUACGAAUCAUCUGAGCCUGAAUACCAAGAGAUACCAGAUGUAAAAAACAAAAUAGAAGAAAACGAACGCAAAGUCGCCAAUGAGAGACUAAUCACAGAUGUCCUCAUCAAGGGAAAUAACUACGUAAACAACGACAUAACGGUACAGAACACUGGUAAUUAUCCAAACAGAUCAGGAGCUUAUGAAAACACUAAGAAAAUGAAUACCUACGCCAAUGUYAGCACUAACAGCUAUGAAAAUCCUGGACUUCUGUUAGAAGAAUCUGCAUUUGGUGCAGACACCAAUGCUUAAAGACACUGUCAUUUUGAUCGUGUAGAAAAAACAAAAUCCUUCCGAUUUAUUUGAAUGGACGCUGAAUAAAAGUCAUGGUGCCACUGUUUCAGGAACUGUUAAUGAAGAAACUCAGAACAAAAUGUUUAUUUUGCUUCAUAUUACACGAGAUAAAAAUAACUUWAAAUUUGAUUUUGUUAGCAAAGUUGAGUAAACUUAUCGUCUCCUCUGCUAGGUUUGUACCGACCRAAGACAGCGUCUAGUCGAAUAAACACGGAACGUGUUUCGAUUGGCCUCUUUAAUACUAGCUACGGCCCUGCCUUUAUAGUCUCCUAAAAAGGACUUCGAUGAGUUUAGACACAAAAUAUGUAUCGAAGAUUGUUGGUGUACAAUUUAAUAUUUGAUAUGCACUCACUCUGGCGACCAGAAUUCAUAGGGCUAAACAAUAGAAGGUUUAUGACGCCAAUUUAGCACGUGUUUCAUCGCGUUUUCAAAACUCGUCCACCGUAGUGAUUUGUCUUUGUUUCAGCCUCAUUAUUUAUUCAGAAUUUUGUGAUGUAAUAACUUAAAGCCCGACAAUUAGAACUUGAUGGGAUUUGGGAAAAGGAACUGAAACUAUUCYAAAGAACUUUGAAAUCCAAUCAAUAUCAUUGUCAGCCGAAUGYCAUUGUUACUGUCACUGACUUUCCAAGAAUUUCAAUGAAUUAUAUUACAUUGCAUUUGUUUUAAAUUUGUUCAGUAAAUAGUAGUCAUAAUUAUAAAAUGACAAKAAAGAAAAUUUUCACCGACA